CGCCUCAGUAAAUCCCCUUAGCCACGACAGUGCUUCUGGCCGUGUGGUCCUGGACCAGCAGCAUCAACCUCACCUGGGAACCUGUUAGGCAAAUCCUCUUGGCCCCACCAAGACCUUCUCAGUCGGAAACUAUGGAGGUGGGCCUAGCAUUGUGUGUUUUAACAAGCCUUCCAGGUGCUUCUGAGGCGCAAAGAGGAGGAAAGAAUGGAAGAAAGGGGAGGGAAGGGCCUUUUUCUUUAAGGCUGAUUAGGCACCUCUGGUUCCCCCUUCCCAGGCUUUAUUAACAGCCUCCUGGGGCCGGCGGGCCCUCAGGUGAGGUCGGAGGAGGCCCGAGUGAGGGAGCCUGAGAGGAAGCGCUCCGAGGAGGGUCCAUGGCGUGACGGGCGCCCACGGAGUAGGGGCGGUGAGGGGGGAGGAGUCGCGAGAGGGACUGGCCCCCGGGGACAAGUGGGACUGGGACCAGGACAGGCGCAGCCCAGCGAUCUCCGCAGGGUGCGGGCAGGACCAGCGGGGCCGCCGGGCAUCUCAGCAGCCUUACAGCUCCGGGCGAUCGGCCCGGCCCGGCCCGCGCCCCCCGCCCGGCGCCAUGAACCGCAGCAGCGCCAGCAGCGCGCCCGAAAAGGCGGCCACAGCCCUGCUGUGGGGCUGUGAGCUAAACCAGGAGAAGAGGACUUGGACCUUCAAACCCCAGAGGGAGGGGAAGCAGGACUGUAGGCUGUCGCUUAGUACGGUUUGCCUGGGGGAGAAUGCCAAGGAGGAGAUGAACCUCGUGGAGGUCCUGCCCCCAGCAGGCCGGGAGGACAAGAAGACAAAGCCUGUCACCAUUGCCUCGCUGCAGGCCUCGGUCCUACCCAUGGCUGUCCUGAUGGGAUUGGAGCUUUCUCCUCCAGUCACUUUUCGGCUCCGGAAUGGCUCUGGACCUGUGUUCCUCAGUGGCCAGGAAUGUUAUGACACUUCAGACCUAUCCUGGGAGGAGGAGGAGCUGGAGGAGGAGGAGGAGGAGGGUGACAACGACGAUGAUGACGAGGAUGAUGACGAUGACAAUGGUGACGCGUCCCUGGAGGAGGAGACCCCUGUCAAACACAUCAAGAGGCUGGUGCCCCAGAAGCAGACGAGCGUUGCCAAGAAAAAAAAAGUGGACAAAGAAGAGGAGGCAGUGAGACCCGGUCUUCAAGAAAAAAGCCCUGUGGGAAAGGCCAAAGCCACGCUCAGACCUAAAAAGCCAGGAUCCAGGAAAUGAGGAGCCAGGAGUGGCCUGGCCGCAGUGAGACCACCAUGCGAGUGGGCUUCCUCAGGUGUGCUGCGGACCCAGGGCACCCCCCCACCUUCCGUCUGAGUCUGAGUGUGAUGGAGGGGUUGGGAGGCAACACAGCCACCCCUCACCCCAGCUCUCCGGUUCAGCAGGACCUGGAGGGAAGAGCCUGACCUCAGGGCCUCAAUAAAGUUUGCUUUGCCAGGA